AUGAGUGUUUUUAAAUCCGCAAUGGGGUACUUCAGCUCUGGAGGUGCCAACGGGGGCAGUGAUAAUGAUUUUGUUGGGCAAUUUGUGGAAAUAGGGAAUAUGAAAUUAAGAGUGAAAAAAGUUAUUGCAGAAGGUGGAUUUGCAUUUGUAUUUGUUGCUCAAGAUGUAUCUUCAGGUACAGAAUAUGCUUUAAAAAGGCUUAUGGCAGCUGAUGAACAGGCGAAUAAAAAUAUUAUCCAAGAAAUUAGUAUAUUAAAAAAACUGUCUGGGCAUCCCAACGUUAUUAAAUAUAUAGCAGCUUCUUUUAUUGAUAAAGCUAAAACAAGCCAUGGAAUGGGUGAAUAUUUAUUAUUAACAGAUCUUUGUAGUGGUGGAAGCUUAAUGGAGGCCUUACAAAAUAGAGGUCAGGCAUUUCCACUACCAACAAUAUUAAGAGUUUUUUACCAAACUUGUAAAGCUGUGCAACAUAUGCAUGCUCAAGUACCCCCAAUUGCACAUCGUGAUCUCAAGCUAGAAAAUUUCUUAAUAUCUAGUGAGGGUACAAUUAAGUUAUGUGACUUUGGGUCUGCUACUACUGAUGUCUAUACCCCCAAUCCUUCUUGGAGUGCAAAUCAAAGAAAUAUGUUAGAAGAAAAUUUGGCACAGUUCACUACACCAAUGUACAGAGCCCCAGAAAUGCUUGACACCUGGGAUAAUCGUAAAAUUGAUCAUGCAGUGGAUGUAUGGGCUUUAGGAUGUAUUUUAUAUACAUUAUGCUAUAUGCAACAUCCAUUUGAGGAUUCUGCAAAGUUAGCUAUAUUAAAUGGAAAUUAUAACUUGAACCCCAAUGAUCAACGAUACAAAUGUUUUCAUGAAAUUAUAAGUGGUUGCCUAACAGUGAACCCCGAAGAGCGUCUACCGAUAAGCAGCGUGCUGGAGCGGCUGGCGGCCAUAGCGGAGUCCAACAACGUCAAUCUCAAGCAACCACUCAAAUUUGAGCGUAAAAAAGUUGAACAAUCUGUGGCCACUAGCUCGCCAGCGCCCAAAGAACCAACGCCGAACAUUCCAGAGCCAGUGACCCCACGCCCGCCGGAACCGAGCAGGCCCCCUCCCCCCGCGCGGCCGCCGCCCGUCCCACACCACACACCCCUACCGCAAGCACCUCCCGCCUCGGGGGGACUAUUUUCAUCUAUCAAAGAUGGUGCUGGCAGCUUUUUGAAAAACUUGAAAGAUACCUCAUCGAAAGUUAUGCAGACAGUUCAACAGUCGAUAGCGCGCGCUGAUCUGGAUAUUAGUUAUAUUACUAGUCGAGUUAUAGUGAUGUCGUAUCCAUCAGAAUUAUUGGAAAGUGCAUAUAAAACGAAUCACAUUGAAGAUGUAAGAUUGUACUUAGAAAGCCAUCACCCCGGCGGUAAGUACUGCGUGUACACGGUGCACGACGCGCGCGCGCGCUUCCCGCGCCGCCAGCUCGUCACCGACGCGUCGGUGUUCCCGACCGACGAACAUCGAACGCCGCUACUCGCGCCCUACUACGCGUUGCUACAACACAUGUACCAGUAUCUAGGGAAAGAUGACAAAUCCGCGUUGGUUAUAGCUUGCCCGGAUGGUAAAUCUCGAUCCUGCAUACUUCUCUGUGGGUUAUUGUUAUAUGCAAAGCUGGUGACAGUACCUGAAGAUGCUUUGCAGAUAUUCGCCGUUAAACGUACUCCAAUCAAUCUGCCGCCUAGUCAGCUCAGAUAUCUAUACUACCUCAGCAAAUUAAUAAGACCAGAACCAGUGUUGCCGCAUUUCAGGCCCGUGUCGCUGGUUUCAAUUACUAUACAACCAGUGCCGCUGUUCACUAAAGCCAGGGAUGGAUGUCGCCCAUUCCUAGAAAUUUACAAUGAAGAUCGAUUGAUAUCGCCUCCGCUUAGAAAUUAUGAAAGUAUGCAUCUCUACAUGAUGGCGGAGGGGAAGGUGACGCUGCCGCUGGACAGCACGGUGGUGGGCGACGUGACGGUGGCGGCGUACCACCUGCGCCAGCAGCUCGGCCGCCUGCAGCGCGUGCCCAUGCUCGCCGUCGCCUUCCACACCGGCUUCCUGGACUAUGACCAGCAUGUUAUUAAGUUUACUAGGUCGGAAAUAGAUGGUAUAGACGAAAGCAGUCCAGUGAACGAGCACUUCUCGUCGAACGUGUCGGUAGUGAUCAGUCUUGUGGUGCAGAAUGGGGAGAGACGCAAGCCCAGAAGCGAUCUGUGGGAGGAGGAUCACUCAUUCCCCAUAAGAACACCAGAUGUACUGUUCUCUACCAACCUGGAGAGAGAUGAGACUAUUGAUAACUUUGCUAAUCUCCGGAGAAACCCGACGGCUUUGCCUCCGACAAUGACAGCGGAGUACCCGCCCCGGGAGCCGGACCGACGCCCCCCGCGCCCCGCGCCGCCCGCGCCCUCGCCCGUCCCGCAACGCCCGCCUCCGCCCGCGCCACUAACUAGCACACAGAACACGGCAGACUUCCUCAACCUAACCCCCACACCCCAAACUCAAGAACCAACUGAAACCAAAACUAAAUUGAAAAACGAAGACUCCUUCGACUUCUUUGGCAUGAUGGAGAAACCCAGUGAUGAGUCGUUUGGCGAUUUCCUCAGUUCCAAAACGGAGCAACAGCCAUUCGCAUCGGAGUCUUUGUUCGGGGACCUGCCUCCCCCGCCCGCCGCUACAGCGGGGAAUGCCAACUCGAGCGACAUUAACUUUGAUCCGUUCGGUCUGAACGAUCCUUUGCCCAAGCAAGAGUCGUUGUUGACUCCUAAACCCGUCAAAGAUGAUAGCCGUCAACAAGUCCCAGAUGCAGCACAAGCAGCGCAAUCGAAGCGCGACCCGUUCGCCGACAUAGGGCUGCUGGGCGCGCACGUGCCGGCCGCCAGCGCCGCCGCCACGCCGCGCGCCACGCCGCAGCCCACGCCGCGCGCCUCGCCCGCGCACACGCCGCACGCGCCGCACACGCCCACGCGCUCGCCCGCGCACCAACCCGAUUAUAGCCGCACUCACUUUGAAACAGCAAAGCCCCCAGCCGAAGGGAAAACAAAGAAAUCCACAGAUGUGUUCGGUGACCUAUUGGGCAGCCAGGGCUACGACUUCGCCAAACGUGAAACCGGCCCCAGGACUAUAAACGCGAUGCGCAAAGAAGAAAUGGUCAAGGAGAUGGAUCCGGAUAAACUGAAGAUACAAGAAUGGACGGAAGGCAAGAAGGCCAACAUACGCGCGCUGCUGUGCUCGCUGCACGGCGUGGUGUGGGCGGAGUGCCGCUGGGCGCGCGUGGACAUGGCGCAGCUGGUGUCGCCCGCCGACGUCAAGCGCCACUACCGCAAGGCGUGCCUCGCGGUGCAUCCCGAUAAGCAAAUGGGAACUCCAAACGAGAACUUAGCUAAAAUGAUAUUCAUGGAACUAAACAACGCGUGGAGCGACUUCGAGAACGACAAGCAGCAGCAGAACUUGUUCCAGUCU